AAAAAUACGUUUUUUCUCAAAACCUCUGCAAUAUCCCUCUUACUGUCGGCCCGAAUCGAAACCCUUCUCUAACAAACCCUAUCCAACCUUCACCAUCGCCAUAACUGCAGAGCUGUCGAGCUAAUUCACAAUGCAAAGCUCCGUUGUGACAUUGAACAUGGCGUCUCCACCGCUCCUCAAUUCCAAUUGUUCGUUGAAAUUAAAGAAGCCGAACGCCUUGUUCUUCUCCUCGUCCACCCUAAUCAGCUCCAGACCAUCAACACUCUCGAUUAAAAUGCUCCCGAGAAAGCUUCUUUGCAGGCCUGCUGCUGGGAAAUACAUCCACGAUGACUAUCUCGUGAAAAAGCUCUCUGCAAAAGAAGUUCAGGAUUUGGUUAAGGGAGAGAGGAAUGCACCUUUGGUUCUCGAUUUUUAUGCUACAUGGUGUGGUCCUUGUAUUUUGAUGGCGCAGGAACUUGAAAUGCUUGCGGUCGAGUAUGAAAACGCUAUAAUUGUGAAGGUCGACACGGAUGAAGAAUACGAAUUUGCUCGCGAUAUGCAGGUUCGUGGACUACCGACGGUGUACUUCAUCAGCCCCAACCCAAACAAAGAAGCCAUCAGAACAGAAGGCCUCAUCCCGAUACAAAUAAUGCGCGAUAUAAUCGAAAACCAAAUGUGACGCAUGAUAGGACAUUGAAACAUUGUUCUUAACAAAUUUCUUCGUAAUACUCGAAAACUUCGAAAAAGAAGUUGAAAAAACAAGCUUAUUACAA